ACGCACGCAAACAGCGGAAGUAGUGGGGCUGCGUAGUUUUUUUUUGCUUGCCACUUCGAAGCAGCAACUCAGGAGCAGAUUUUGUAUAUUUAUCUCACAAUAUCCCUGUCAUAGCGACAUCUAAACAUGGAUAGAUGAUGUCUGCGUAGUUGGAUAUAUGGACGUGAUCGUGCUUUGCACCUAAUCCAUCGCAGUGUUUGUCUGAAAGUAACCCAGGACGCAAGCGUUCUGCAUUCCCCCAAUCCUCCCGAGGCCGCCGGCAUGGCCAACAGCACCGCGACGGCAGUGAAGGGUAUCGGAGCCCCUGCUGGCCCUGCAGGCAGAAGCAGCCCCGAAGGAUCUCAGGUGCUGAGCAAGAAGAAGCUUCAGGACCUGGUGAGAGAAAUAGACCCCAACGAGCAGCUGGACGAGGACGUAGAGGAGAUGCUUCUGCAGAUUGCCGACGACUUCAUCGAGAGCGUUGUCACGGCCGCUUGUCAGCUGGCACGCCACCGCAAGUCCAACACCCUGGAGGUCAAAGAUGUCCAGUUACACCUCGAGCGUCAAUGGAACAUGUGGAUCCCAGGUUACGGCUCAGACGAGAUCCGGCCCUUUAAGAAGGCAUGCACCACAGAGGCUCACAAACAGAGGAUGGCCCUGAUCCGCAAGACGACCAAAAAGUAGCAAGACUCCAUUUUCCUUGUAUCAAGCCCACCUUGUAUAAUUUUUUUUUUUUUUGGGGGGGGUGGGGGUCCUAUGUAAGGUAUGAUUAGUUCAAGAUUUGUUGACAGUGUCUCAUUGUCAUGUCCUCCUAAUUUUGCAGUGUAUUGCCAGCAUCAUCACGUGCUAAUGUAACUCUUGUUUUAUUUUCUCAAAGUUUUGUUAACACAUUCAGCUGUUUAUGUCAAUAAACAUGAUCAUCUGUUUGGAUUGUAA